AUGCAAUUUAAAAAUCCUGCAGCUGAACGAGCCAAGGAAUUCAAUAUUAAAUUGGUUACUCAAAAAUCUAAAGAAACAACGCAAUCGCCUUUCACUUUCACAGACGACAACACAGAAAAUCGUUCUGCAUUGGGUCACUUUGAAAAAAAAGCUGUUAAAAAGAGGAUUAUAAUAUCUGCCACGUCUAGGGCCAGAAUUAAGGUCCAGCAAUACUUAGAGGAAGAUAUCUUAAACAGAAAUGAAGAUCCACUACAAUGGUGGAGUGAUUACUCUUACAAUUACCCACAUCUUUCUAAAGUGGUGACAGAAAAAUUUGGUAUGGUUGCAACAUCUGCCCCUUGUGAGAGUAUCUUCUCGAAAUCAGGGCAGUUGUUGAUAUCAGGAAGACGAUCACGCCUUAGUGUAAAUAAAGUUGUAGAAAAUAACGUUUAA